AUGGAUCGUCGGAACCCUAUGCCCAGAAAAAUUCGUACAAAUAUUCUUCGCCCAAAAAUUGGUACGCAAUCUGUGAUGGAAGAAGAAGUCGGAAAGCUGCACAAGAGUUCCCACGUUUGGGUGCUGAGGGACUACUCCCGUCACAAAGCACGGCUGGGCGCAGGGCAGGCCGUCCAGAGCCGUGAAUUCACGGCGGGAGGCCACCGCUGGGCUAUCUUAUUCUACCCCAACGGCUUUGACCCCGAAGCCCGGAGCCAAGGCUACGCGUCCAUGUACUUGUCCCUGAAGAGCGUCGGCGCCGGCGGCAACGGCACCAACGGCGUCCAGUUGCUGUACGGGAUGUACGCGAUGGCUGCAGACGAAAAAUCGGGUAGAAACAUGUUCAAGAGUCGAUCGGAGAUCGUGUGCUUCAGGCCCGGCCAACAGUCUGGUUCGCGCCUAUUCCUCAAGCGGUUCCCCCCAGCCACCGCCAACGACGAUUCCCUCAAAGAGAUAUGCUCAUCCUUGUUUAAGGAGGUGGUUCGUUGUAAGAAUUCUGCUUGUGCCGUCCUACAAAGGGAACUUUUGGCAAUUUCAUCUGCUCCUCAGGGGAAGCUAUUGGAAAGUGUUAUUUGGGCAACUAAGUUGAAGCACAAGAUGAAGGAUGAUUAGUAUAACUUAAUUAAGUUUGGUUUGUUCAGUAUGAUGGAUGAAUGAUUCUUCAACUUUGUGUUUAUCCUGAAUUAGUAUCAGGAAGUAGAUAACCCCUACUUCUUUGCAAUAGGACAAACAAGCAAAUAAUGUACAAGUAAUAUGUUUUUUUGGCUAUUCAGCUGAUCUGCUUUUUCUAGUGCUGCUAUGUCCCUUCCUAUCCUCUGAAAUUAUGUUGUUUCACUAAUUUUCGGCGUUAAAAAUGUUGGGAUUUUUUUGAAAAUAUUUGUAUCCAAGCAUCCUCAUACAAUUCAUUAUUUUCAAUAAUUACGUUAUAAAUCGCGCUGCACAGCCAUCGCGACUCUGCGUGCCCAAUACCUCAGCCGCAUCUUCAUAUCCACCGCCGUGCAAACCCUGCUCGCCACCGGCAACUCACAAUCGUCGCCGCCGCCACUUUUCACGAGCCACGCCUCCGAUAAAUACGGCCUCAUCACAACCCCACUACUCUCCUCCUCGAUAUCGUCUCCGGCGGCGGCGCCUCCGUCGCCGUCGAUCCUCUGCAAUCCCGGGAUCAGCCUAACCAGGUGCUUGCUCAAUUUCUCCCCUUUGAAAGUAAACCCUAAGUCCAUAAACCCCUUCACCUCCUCGAGCUCGAGCUCCUCCAAGCUCUUCAGGCUCGUCGUUUUCUGCAGCCCACUCGCCGAAUAGUGUCUGUGUUUCGAUUUUCUUGAUUUUUCGUGGGGUAGCGACGACGAGGAAUGGGACCUCGUCUUGGUCGGUGCGAGGAUUAGGUUUAGCCUAGUUGGUCUCUUUUCGAUUGUGUCAUCCUGAAAAAUGUGGGAAACAAGAAAAGGAAAUUAUGCGUGUCUGAUUUCAAGAUAGCAACUUGAACAUUUAGCUCAAUGUCUUUGUUUCUUCAGGAGCAUAAGUUUAUGUGAGCCAUUUGAAAAAAA